UGCGUUUGUGCGUUUGUGUUAAUUCUGCGUAUUAAUAUGCAAUAAAUAGCAUUGACGGGAAAUAGGUUAUCGAAUAGAUACAGGUCAUUGGGCGGUAUGGUGUACCACCAGCAAAGCGGGGUGUGUUGCCGUCUACACUUCCGAUGACUAAUCGGGCUGUGAAUGGAAACUUUAUGGCCGAAUUAUAAGCAAAUUGAAUGAGCUUUUUUCCUAAAUACGCAAGAAUUUCGUGGAAAUCCUGUAGUGCGAAUAUCGUAAUUAUUAUUGCCAUUUCGCAUUCCAUAUCGACCACUUUUUCUUUCCAUACGGUUGAGGAAGUCGCUUCGGCCCGGUGCGUUACUGUCCAGUGUAGCUAACCUUGAAAGACAUUAAUGCGAUGCAAACGAUAAGCGGCAGCUGACCUUUUGGGUGUGAAAAAAAUUAAUUCCACUUGUAAUCGAUCGCGUUCGGCCGGCUUGAGAACUGAGUGGUAUAAAAAAUGGGUAAAGUGUUCGCGCAUUUUUUUGCGUGUGGCCAAUUUGUCGCUGCAAGUUUGGCAGUAAAGUUCGAAGGAGAGUGUGUGAAGUGCUUAAUAGCAAGGGAGUUGUAUCAUUUUGGGGUGCUUGUGAAUUGCCAGCAUGGUUGGAUCGUCAAGUCCAAAGCAUUAUCUAAUUUUGCAGACCAUACCGUUGGGUAAAUCUCGGUGAAGCAAACAAUGUGUAGCAUCUCUAUCCACUCGCGAUGUGAGAAGACGCGGAAGACCCAAACGUCUUUAGCGUAGAAUUCACGUAAAUUGAAGAUGAUCAGUGUUGAUUGAGAUGUGCCUGCCAGUGAUAAGCAUUGCUAUAGCCGGAUAAUGGAUAAUGGAGAUAAUGGAUCUUGCGGGACGGCCCUGCAACUCGAUCAGAGCUGAUCUCGGGACAGUUGGCUGGAAGUGUUUGCCCGCGCUGGUGGAGCGAUAUGACGACCGCAACAACGAUCACGACGCCAACCGCGAAGCGAGGUCAUUGGGCAUCGAAAACGGAGUUUAUUCUGUCGUGCAUUGGGUAUGCGAUCGGGCUGGGGAAUGUGUGGCGCUUCCCGUACCUGUGCUAUCGGAACGGUGGUGGUGCCUUUCUCGUACCCUACCUGCUGAUGCUAGUGCUGUGUGGCAUACCGUUGUUCUUUCUGGAAACAUGCCUGGGUCAGUUUAGUGGAACGGGAUGCAUAACGGUGUUCAAAAUUGUGCCACUACUAAAGGGCGCCGGUAUUGCGAUCGUUGUGCUCAACUUAAUCUGUAACGCGUACUAUAUUGCGAUCAUUUCGUAUCCUCUGCUGUUCCUGUGGCGAUCGCUGCAAGCACAGCUGCCGUGGGAGAGCUGUGGCAAUGCGUGGAACACACCUCGAUGUUUGGAGCUGCGUGGCGAUCAGCAUGUGGAGUUGUUUCUGAACAACAGUGCAAUGGCGAUCGGUGAUCGUUACCGUACACCGGCGGAUGAGUUUUUCCACAACGAAAUCCUCCACAUAUCGGAAGGUAUCGAACAGAUGGGCGGCAUCGUGUGGCCCCUGUUGCUGUGUGACGUCAUCGCCUGGAUAGUGAUAUUCGGUUGCAUCGCCAAAGGGGUGCAAUCGGUCGGUAAGGUCGUUUACUGUACUGCCACCUUUCCGUUCGCGAUCCUGGCGGUGUUACUUGUGCGCGGUAUCACGCUUCCCGGUGCGCUGGAGGGCAUCAAGUUCUACAUAAUGCCCCAGUGGAGCCAGCUGCUGAAUCUGCGCGUUUGGGCCGAUGCAGCGAUCCAGAUUUUCUACUCCCUUGGACCGGGCUGGGGUGGCAUUUUGAAUAUGGCGAGCUAUAAUCAGUUCAAAAACAACACCAAACUCGACUCGAUCGUCAUACCGAUCGUUAACUGUGGUACGAGCAUACUGGCCGGGUUUGUGGUGUUCUCUGUGCUAGGAUACUUUUCACAUCAAACAGGUCUUCCCGUAGCGUCGGCUGCCACUGGCGGUCCGGGAUUGGCGUUCAUCACGUACCCGGAAGCGAUCAGUAUGCUUCCGCUGUCACCGCUGUGGGCCUGUCUGUUCUUCAGUAUGCUAUUUUUCCUCGGCGUUGACAGUAUGUUCGUUCAAAUCGAAGCGAUCGUUUCGUCGGUGAUGGACGUGUUACCGAGGUUACGCCCAAUGAAGCUCCAGGUAACGGCCGGAACUUGUUUUCUUCUUUUCCUGCUCUCUAUCGCUUGCGUGACACAGGGUGGAAUGUACUUGGUGCAGCUGCUCGACUGGUAUUCGGGGUCCAUUUCGGUGAUACUGGUUUGUAUCGUUGAGGUUAUUACCGUCGGUUGGAUCUACGGGUGUGAGCAGUUCGUGCGCGACGUCGAGUUCAUGAUCGAUCGCAAGGUGGAACGGUUUUGGAUAGUUUCAUGGAAGUACAUCACACCGAUCGUGCUGACUUUUAUUUUCACUACAACGAUUGUGUACAACACUGAGGUAUCGUACAAUGGCUUUUCGUAUCCACGGUGGGCUAUUGGAGUCGGGUGGGCCAGCUGCUUGGUGUCGAUACUUUGCAUUCCAGUGUUUGCGUCUUACAAGCUCCUUCACACGAAGGGUUCAUUGACAAAGCGUUUUAAAACCCAACUCAAAGCACAGGAUUGGGGCCCUGCCGAUGAUGAACUGCGUGCAUUGUGGAGUGACAGUGUUGCAUUACGUUCAGUGCGUUAAAUAAACGAUUUCUUUACACCGAAA